GGAUCGGUCGCGCGGUCGCUCGCUCGACUGCCGCUAGCUAGAAGCAGAGCGUUUGGUAGGUUUCGGAGCUCAGCUUUAGUCUGCUAUCCUUUAGUCAAUGCUUGAGAGUUGCAGUGUGAGGGUUGAUUGCGUCAGUGGCAACGUACUUGAAGUGACACUCUUUGUGUAAGGCAACUGGAAACAUUCCAGAGUGUUAAUUAUAUUAAACGCAUCAUAUGAAAUUUCUCCCGUAUAGAAUUAACUUCGUUUAAUAGUGCUUUUAAUUAAAAAGAAAGUUGUGUUCCAUUGUUACAUUUACGUCCAUAUGAGUGUAAGAAGAAAUUAUUUUGUAUUUGCUACGUUGAAAGAGGAACAUGAAAUAAUUUUUUAACAAAUGAACGGACACCAGGACUGUCAGACAACCCGUUUCUUCUCUUAUUCUACGAAUCCAGUUACAACAAAAUGGCGGCGGUCGGUGGUGGAGUUCGCGCUGUCCCGGCAUCAAGGCAGCGAGAUUGUUGCCCACAUGGAGCUUGUUCUGCUGACGUGAUAUCAUAACUGAAGAAUAUAAUCUUAUCUGCUCAAAGAAAACAGGUUACUUCUUUGACAGUCCAGGCAAACACCAAGAUUCUUUAUCUCUUUGUAGCUCGUGUUGCAUUGUUGCAGACGUUCGUGCUGAAGUACAAGUGAUUGUCGCCGUUCUGUGAUGGAAUUAAAAAUCAAGCACGCAUUUCUGUCAUACAUUUUUUGACAUCCGUGGUGUGAGAAGUGAGUUGUGUGUUGAGUGUGUAUAGUAGGAUUGUGGUGUACAGCCCACGUACAGUCUGCCGGUCUAGUUGUUAGGAUUGGUGUUAAUACAAACUCGGAAAUAAAAUCGACGCACAGGAUACGAAAGAACAGUGUUCUAAGUGAUUAUCACAGCGGUCCAGACAAGUCUUGUGUAACAAAUUCUGUAGACUUGGGAAGUGUGGAAAAUAUCGUACAGAAACGUACAUGAGGAUUUGAACUUCGAAUCGGCGUUUCCCAUUUGUCCGCUAUGCUAUAAAAGGGGGCAGAUUGCGGACGGCGGAAGUGACGUGGACGAUGGGCGGGCAGUUGCUGAGGCUUCUGCUUUUGCUGUACGCCGCCGUAGCGCUGCUGUAUUCUCUAGCUUCAGCUGAACAAGUUGUUUUGCUGGAUACGACUCAAGAGCCCACUCUGGAAUGGACCCGCUAUCCUUACGGACCGCAAGCCAACACACCGGGGUGGGUUGAGGAGAGUUUCACCAACUUCGAGAAGGGCAUCAACUGGAGGUCAUACGUUGUUUGCGAUGUGGCUUACAACAAUGUGAAUAAUUGGCUGUGGACGCCAUUUGUGGAGCGAGGGAUUGCAAACCGCAUUUAUAUUGAGAUCAAGUUCACAAUCCGGGAUUGUUCGCUGUUCCCGGGCAAUGCACUGUCAUGUAAAGAAACCUUCAGCUUGCUGUACUAUGAGUUUGAUGCAGCAACACGGGAACCACCGCCAUGGGAACCAGAGAGCUACAAACUCAUUGGUCGAAUAGCAGCAGGUGAGGGGAGGUUCAACACAAACAGUGAGGUGAUCAUCAACACAGAAGUAAAGUCCAUUCCUGUCACGAAAAAAGGAGUGUACUUCGCCUUCCGUGACCAAGGAGCAUGCAUCUCACUUCUAGCCAUCAAGGUGUACUACAUUACAUGUCCUGAGGUUACGGUGAAUUUUGCCCACUUUCCAACAACCCCAACGGGGCGUGAAGUGACAUUCAUUGAACAAGCAUCAGGCAGAUGUGUUGAAAAUGCAGAAGAAGUGGAUACUCCCACUUAUCUUUGCAAGGGUGAUGGAAAAUGGUACUUACCUACUGGCGGAUGCAAGUGCAAGGCUGGUUAUGAGGCAGACCAAGAGAAGCAGACCUGCAAUGUUUGCCCUCCAGGUAAAUACAAGCAUGCUACGGGAGAUGAACGUUGCCAGCCUUGCCCAGACCAUAGCAAGGCACCUGACUACGGAUUCUCUGAGUGCCGAUGCAACUCAGGGUACUACAGGGCAGCUAAAGAUCCCAAGAACAUGCCUUGCACGCAACCACCAUCGGCCCCACAGAAUCUGACAGUAGGGUUUGUGGACCAGUCGACAGUAAUUCUGUCGUGGACACCACCUCACUUCCAAGGAGGAAGAGUGGACACUGUAUAUAGGGUAGAGUGUGAUUCAUGUGGACCUGGGGUCUCAUACAAUCCUAGUGCGGGUGUUUUCAAUGACACAAAAGUGACCAUAACUGGACUAAAUCCAGUUACAACAUAUCGAUUCCAAGUUUUUGCAGAAAAUGGGAUAACAGAGUUGGCUGGCGAAAGCGAUUAUGUUGAUAUUACAGUAACCACAGAGGCCUCUGUCCCAUCCAGCGUUAUAAAUGUUAGAGUGACAUCUGUCAAGUCUACUGAGAUGUCUUUAGCCUGGGAUCCUCCACAUACCAAUGAUGCCACUGAUGCAGAGGGCGACACUGUUGAGAUGUAUGAGGUUCGCUGUUUUGCUCGUCAUGAUGAUGGCAAUGCAUCCAGUACAUUAACAAAAGAACAGCAAACAACAUUCACGGGGUUACGACAGAGGACUGAAUAUGGCUUCCAGGUUCGGGCUAAAACAACCCAUGGGUGGGGCGAAUUCAGCCCAACUCUGUUUAAAACAACAGGUCAAAUAUUGGGGACAGCAAUUGUGGGCGAUGAUGAUAACAUGCAAGUGCGAAUUAUUGCAACAGUGAUUGUCGUGGUGGUUAUGUUCCUGGUUGUGAUCAUCAUUGUGGCUGUCCUCUUUUUCCGAAGGAGGGGCAGUGAUGAAUGCAACAAGAAACAGCCAAGUGACUGUGACACUCUGGAGUAUCGAAAUGGAGAAGCAGGACUAGUAGUCACCUACAUCCACUGCAACUUGGACAGUCCUCCUAUUGUAACCACACAUACCAAUGGAUUGACAACGCCACUUUUCACAGCGGUUGGUGCAUCAAGUCGAACUUACAUCGAUCCUCACACAUACGAAGAUCCCAAUCAGGCUGUCAGAGAAUUUGCUAGAGAGAUAGACGCUUCAUGUAUCACUAUUGAAGCAAUCAUAGGUGGAGGAGAAUUCGGUGAUGUGUGCCGAGGAAAGUUAAAGUUGCCACCAGAUGGCUGUCGAACAGAAAUCGAUGUUGCCAUUAAGACUCUGAAGCCAGGUAGCUCAGACAAAGCAAGAAAUGACUUCCUUACUGAGGCAUCUAUCAUGGGUCAAUUUGAACAUCCAAAUGUGAUAUUCCUGCAGGGUGUUGUGACAAAGUCCAAUCCAGUCAUGAUUAUCACAGAAUAUAUGGAGAACGGCUCUCUUGAUACAUUCCUUAGAGCUAAUGAUGGCAAGUUCCAAGUCAUCCAGCUGGUUGGGAUGCUGCGUGGCAUAGCUUCAGGCAUGCAGUAUCUGUCCGAGAUGAACUAUGUCCACAGGGAUCUCGCAGCCCGUAAUGUACUGGUCAAUGCUCAGCUUGUGUGCAAGAUUGCAGACUUUGGUUUGAGCCGUGAAAUAGAAAGUACUACUGAAGGGGCAUAUACCACAAGGGGGGGCAAGAUCCCUGUAAGAUGGACUGCACCCGAAGCCAUAGCAUUCCGCAAAUUCACAUCUGCCUCUGAUGUCUGGAGUUUUGGUAUCGUGUGUUGGGAGGUUAUGUCAUAUGGAGAGAGGCCGUAUUGGAACUGGUCCAAUCAGGAUGUUAUCAAGAGUAUAGAAAAGGGCUACAGGUUACCAGCGCCCAUGGACUGCCCGGAAGCCAUCUACCAAUUAAUGCUUGACUGCUGGCAGAAAGAAAGAACUCAUAGGCCAACAUUUGCCUCUAUUGUUAAAACACUUGACAAACUCAUUCGAUGCCCUGACACCUUGAGGAAAAUAGCACAAAACAGGACAGGCAACCCACUGGCACCAGAUGCUCCAGAUAUGACCCAGUUUAGUUCAGUAGAAGAGUGGCUGAACUCAAUCAAGAUGGCACGCUACCUUGAAAACUUUGAGCGUGCAGGAAUAACGUCCAUGGAUGCUGUAGUGAGAGUUACAGUGAAAGAGCUUACUGCACUUGGCAUCACUCUAGUAGGUCAUCAGAAGAAGAUAAUGAACAGUGUGCAAGCAAUGAGGGCACAGAUCACAGCUAAUCUCUCAGAAGGUUUUCUGGUUUAACCUUGGCUAAUCUUCCAUUAGUGUUUUUCCCUGUUUAUCUAGUGGACGGUCUGCACUGUUAACUAAGGCAAAUAUAUGGAGAUCUAAAUGUGAUAAUUUGGCUUAGAGCAUAUAUCAAAUUUCUUAAACGCAAAAGCCAUCAGUGUCAGAAACCCGGUGUAUAUCCUUAGUUUAAAUCUAAACUAACUUUUAUUAACUGGUAAAAUGAUCUUUGUUGAUGUCCCUCCACCUAUUAAGAUGAGCACGGGCCACAUUUGACCGUAAGGUAAGUGUGAUUUAACGAAGCUGAUGUUGCAGCUUAAUUGCUGUGGAAAGAAGUCUGCAUUUGAUUUGUUCAACAUUUGCCAGAUGAAAAAUUUAUGACAGUUGUGUGCAUGGUUUUAUUUCUGGUUGUUAUAAAUAUUUACGCAAAUUGAAGUAUGCUCCCUUGCGAGAGAAUUCAAAACUUUUGUGUUUGAAGUGUGAAUCCUCACAUCAGGAGUGAUGCAGCAACUUGCCAAAGGGAUAACAAGAAACAUGUUCUGUUCGCAUUAGACCAGAAGCCCGAUGAUUGGAAGAAAUAUACUGAGUGAUUUCUGCCUGUGAAUGAUCCAAUCAUGGAUAACUCAUUAAUAGCAUGUGUGUCUUACAUGCUGUAUUUUUGUGUCAGUGCCAUGAGAGUGAAAUAAGACUGUGGAAGAAAUAUUUCAGUAAAAUGAUAUUCAGUGUUUUCUCUCUCGUUGUGUUAUUUUAUUUUUGUGUAGAAAGUCUCUGCAGUGGUAAACCAAUGAAGUGCUAUUGUUUCAAGAUUACUCAGUCAAAGCAAUAUUUGUGUGUAUGGAGGCAAGGUUUGGAAAUGACUGUGAGAAGCAUCUUUUAAGAUUUAUUUUGAAAGCGCAUCAGGGGGUGAGUACAAUUCAGUACGGUCAUCGUGAACUUCCUCCCGCAGCGUAUAUAUAAUUUGCAUUAUUUUGUGCCAAUAGUGUCAUUGGUUCAUUCUGCAUAAUGGUGAACCUUCAUGGAGGAAGUCUGGAAAAGAGCCAUUCCUUAUACACUCAUGGUACCCUUUUCUGUAAUCAUGAAAGGACCUAACGGUACAUGACAAAACAUUUUAUGAAAUAUCUGUAAACUUGUCUUGGUUUUACAAGAGAGAAACAAACAGAGAAUGUUUGUAAAGUAAAUGCAUAGUAGAAACAUAGAAACAUAUUAUUUUACUGUAAAUUUAACUUUCACGAACACUGUACACACUCAUUAGUAAUUAUUUGUAUAUUACCUUCAGUUGCCGUCUUGGUUCAAUUACUAUACAAAUAUUACAUUUUAUUUUGUAACAGAUCCUAUUCUCAUAGUCACAUAAUACUGCCAACUGAUGGAUGUGUUCCCUCAAAAUGUGUCUGAUUGCCCAUAUGCCAAGAUACUGGCUGGAUACAACUUGAAAACAUCCUGGAUUAUGUCUUAUUUUUAUACAUGUGUGUGUGUGUGUGUGUGUUAUACAAUACAGAACUUAACAGAAUGAAACGUCCAUUUGAAUCUAAAGGCGCCAUAUGAAGAGAUUUUAAAAUGGAACUUCACAGAGUGAAAUUCUGAUGAUUAGUUUUUGCAAAUUUCUGAUGAUGAAAUUUAAUUCAAUUUUUUCCUGCUGCCAGGAAAUCUGUACAGUGCUUCAUCAAUAUAUCCAGAUACUUAAUUCAGAAAUGCUUUGAGAUACAGAAGUUGUACACAGUGUUUGCAAAAGUAUGGAAUUAACAUUUCCUUUUUUUCAUGCAUUCAGUUGCCUCACCUUAAAAGGUGUAUGUGAAUACAUAGUGCAUUGCAUAAUUGUGUAGAUAUAUUCCAGUUUGUUUUCCAAGUCAUGGAUCUUGCUAAAUGAAGAAAAAUGUCCUCAAAACAUAUCAUUGUAACCUCCCAUUUCUUCAUUAACUGUUUGUAAGAAUAAAAAUAACAGAUGGAAGUAUGCCUGAAUUUCUAUCCCAUAUUUAAGUGCUCGCAUGUUGCUGGCAGUGAAUUUGUUUCAUAACCUGGAUUAUUGCAUUACUAUCUAUUUUAUGGGGCCUAGGCAAGUUUUGUCCUUCAUGUUGUGCAUUGUGUGUGGUUUGUAGUUUGGACUGCAACUGUAAAUAUGAAGCCCAUAAUGACAGCUGAAAUCAAUAACAGUGAACAUGGUUUCUUAAUGAAUUAGAAUAUUUAUAACUCUUCUGGGACAUAAUGUGUGUUGAUCAGGAAUAACUUAAUUUUCACUGGAGAAUCUGUUAUAAGGAAAUAAAUGUACAUUCAUAAACAACAUUAUCUAUUUUCUGUAUUGUUGGAAUUCACUGGAACUAAAGUAGUGUAUUACAUAACUUGGCAGUUUGAGAAGUCAUUUCAGUGAAGAAAGUUGUCUUCUGGGAUGUGGCACCGUCAUAGUCAUCGCCGUGAAAACCUCAAAACUUAAAAAGUCUUUUCAGUGUUCACCCAGAAUUAACGACUGUAAAGUGUAAUGGUUAUACAUGGUUUUUACCAAUGGCUGGCAGAAAAAUGUAAUGAAUUUCAUGGGCAGACCCUGUCAUAGAUAGACAGAGGCAAAGCCAGUGUUGUGAAACAUUUUAUAAUAUUCAUUCAGGCACUGGAAAAUAUUCAAAGAAAAUUAUCUCAUGACAGUAUAAAUUGUUACAUUAUAGAAGUUAAAAUAUUAAUGAAAUUUGAAUGGAUAUUCACAUCAUUGUCUGGAUCCAAAGUAAAAGUGACUGUAGGAUGUGGAAUAUGUUAUGUAAAUACAAAAACAUAAUGUACAGUACAACUGAAGUUUUUACAUAAGAAAACAGUGGUUACACAUAAGGCUAUUCAAAAAUGCAUCCACAUACAUCAAUACUGUCAAAUUAUGCUAUUUACACAACCUUUAAAUGGAUGAGUCACUUUUUAGACAAUGAUAUUCAUUAAGAGAGUAGCAUGAGUGUGUGUUUAAGUAUCAUUUUAAAGCUAUUUUAUAUUGUGCUUUUUCAUUCAUAAGACUUCUGAGAUCAGAUGGCAGAUUAUUGAAAAUUUUGAUCCUAGCAUAAUAUGCGCUUUUCUGAAAGCAUGAGAGGUUAGCAGUUGGUUUAUGAGGAUAGUGCUUUUGUCUUGUGUUAACACUGUGUACAUCUACAUUGGUCUGAAAAUGUUUUUCGUUGUUUGUGAUGAAGUUUAUUAAUGAAAAUAUAUAUUCAAAUGGAAGGGUUAAGAUCUCCAGUCUGAAAUAGAUUUCUACAAGAAUUACAGGAUUUGACACCCAUCAUGAUUCUAACAAUUUUGUUUUGCAGUGUAAAUACCUUUUUGCUAUCAGAUGAAUUGACCCAGCAAAUUAUUCAGUACUUCUUUAAAAAUGAAAGCAAGGAAAAUAACUGAUUUGAGUGUGUCAGUGUUGCUGAUAUGCAACAUAGAUCUAACUGCAUAGCAUGCUCCACUAAGCUUUGGAACCAACUGAUCAUGAUCAUGCAUUGUUAUUUGUAAUUUACAUAAAAUUAGAAUUUUUGUAUGAAGGACCUUGAUUUCAAAAUCCUUUGAAUAUGAUCAUAAGGAAACAAAUAAUGAAUGACAGAAAUUUGUGCAUUGUAAAUGUUUUUUAAUUAGUAAAGCAAUUGUGUGGAAAUGUUUUCUGUGAGAAUGUUGAAGUGUUUUUAUUUAUUUAUUUGAAACAAACAGAUGCCAGUUUUUGGAUUGAAAAUAUUUUCUUUUACCUGUUACAAAGAAGAUGUUAGAAAAAUAUUAUCAAAAGAAAAAUGUUUCAUAAGUCCAGUAAAAAAAUUAGCAGUCAAAAUAAUUAUUUUCUCACCAAAUUACAUAGUCCUUUCAUAACAGAUUACUACUGUGUAUGCACUGUUAAUAUUAUUUGGGCACUUACAUUGCAAUUAAUCUAUUAGCCCAGCUAACAGUGUGUUGCGCAAGAAAUGUGACUGAACAGCAGAAUAUGUUAGAAUGUAGCAUGUUGCGUAUUGUGGUUGCAAGCUUGCAGGCAAUAAUAUGCUGCAUUUAACACACUGGAGACAGUAUUGAAAUUCAUAAGAAUUCUGAAGGUGAACUGAUCGUCAACUUUUGAGUCAAAGGCUGUGAUAGAUUCUACUGCAAUGUACAUUUUGUUUUCACAGCAGCUCGUUCAGGAAGCAUUGAAAUUUGUAGGUUGCUGGACAUUAAGUCCAUGGACAUUUUAUUCACUUUCAAAUAUUUGUCCAUACCUGUUUUGGGCCCUGUUUACUUUAUAUUUAUUUUUUAGCAAAAUUUUUCAUUUCUGGAGUAAAUAUCAUAGGAACUGAUGAAAGAAAAAUGGUUAAUGAUGAGAACACUGAUUGUAUAAGUGACAGGUUAAUUAUAACAAAUGACAAAUAAAUGUAUAAGAAGAAAACAAAAAACAAACCUAUAAGCGUCAUGCAGCUAACUGUCCUCUGUGAACUUUGUAUCAUCAUGCUGCCAUACAAGACACUGGUAGGACUAUCUUUUUCACUGCCACAAAGGAUUGCGGAUUAAUAUAAGUGUCCAAUAACAGUGGAUGUUUCUAAAAAGAUAAGUAACCCUAACAGAAUGCUGUGACCAAGUAAACCACUGGUUUUGAGUAUUUGAUUUUUAUAAUGGCAUAUGUCGUUUCGUUUAUUUCUGGAGAAUGAUAUGCUUUUCACACUCUGAAGAAAUAUUAUAGGCACAUAAUAUAUUUUCAAGUGGGGUGAUGCAACCACCAUUAUAUCAUUUUUGGCAGGAAUCAUUUACAUUGAAGUAGAGGAAAUUAAUUGGUAUAUGAAGUUGAGAUGUAUCAUGGUUUCAUUUUACAACUACACUAACAUUUUCUGGAAGAAAAGUAAAUUCUUGCUCUACUGGCAUAGACUGUUAUUUGUAUUAUGCAGCAGUUGUAAGAAUCGCUUCAUAAAUCAUGGUAACACUGAACUGACGUCAUUGAAAUAAGAAUUCACUUUUACCAAAUUAUUUGAAUCUGUCAGAACUUAAAAUAUUGGAUAAAAUGAUAAUUUCUGGAUCCUUUGCAUUUUGGUCUUAGGCUAUGUUGACUGCUUAGAUGUGUGCAGCAUUUCAUGGAACAUUGCUUCCACCAACUCUGAGUAAGUCAGUGCCUAUCUAGGUUCAGUUCACAGCCUCCUUCAGGCAAUCCGUCACCUCGAAGGUGGUUGCUGCAGUAUUCAGGAGAACAUUUGAUACAUCUCAAGAGCCAAGGAUAUGUAAUAGAGUCUGUGAUCAGGAGUUCCCUUUAAGUCUGUCAGAAACGUCUAUUUUUUAAUCUUAGGAAGAACUGCCAGUUAUGAGUUUGCCGAGGGUCCUCACAAGGUACUGAGAUUAAUCCUCAGCAUCCAGGAGUAAUUAAGAUUUUACAGACCCACUCAAAAGGCUGUUUUAACUUUCCUGCCACAACUAUUGUUCUUGUAUUUGCUGCACACUAUUCUUUAUUUCAUAUCCUAUUUCAUCUGGAUGUAUCAUUACAUUUUUGGUCUCCAUGGAUAAUCUUUGACUUUAUAUUGUGUGUAAAUCUGUUCUUGACAUCCUGUCACUGUUUUGACUGUAUUCUUAAUAUCAGUAAUGUUUCCUCUAAUGGUGUCAUUUAUGCCUGUCCCCCCCCCAUUGUACCCAUCAUGUUAAUCCAGUAACAUUUCUCUUAAAUAUAAUUUUAACAGCAUAUGUGGUGUGUUUAUCUCAUUUAAAUAAUUUGAUGGUUGCAGUGGAUAUGUCUGAUCAGGUGAUGACUAUGUAGCUGAAUGAAAUUUGAAGUAAAUGUAAUUAAGAAACAGUUGUAAUGUACCUAUAUGGAAAUUUUGUUCUGAUCUUGCAUGCAUUUGGAAAUUCUGGAUUGAUUUUCAGUAGGUAUGAGAAGAUUAAACUAAAUAUUAUAUACAUGGAUUGCAUUCCUCUUGGUCCAUGCCUGUGUUCCACAUCCAUAAUACUGGUAUGAAAUAUGUUUUAUAUAAAACUGUUUUAUUCUCUUUCUAAUUUUUUUCCACUGCCAUAAUAUAUUGAUAAAAUAUUUAUCUUCUAAUUCUUAUUGUAUUAUCUUGUAUUGAGGCUAGAAAACAAUGGGAAUGAUACUGUAUCUCAAUAAAUAAAAAGGAGGGUGGUCUAGUGGCUUUUGUUAAAGGUACAGUAUCAUACCAUAUGUGUUUAAGGAAAAUUAUGAAACAGCCUUAAAGUGAGCUUAGCCUUUUCAGUUACUUGUGCCCAAUCACCUACGCUUGAAUUUGUAUCACAGGUUCUACAUAACAGUUGCAGAUGCUCAGCCAGGUGAACCUGUCUGUAAUUUUUGUAGUUAUUGAAAUUCAUCUUGAACUGCAUUUUUAAGAUACAUCUGGUUGCCCUUGUAUUUUAAUGG